CCUUAGCUUGUUAUUAGGUUUCACCAAGCUCAGAAUGGGUAGCAGUAAGCUUAUAGCACUUAGCCUUUUUGUGCUCUUAAGUAUUGGAUUAGCCAAUGCUGUUAGAGUGGCUAGGUACUCCAGUUCUCAAGGAACGGGGGAAGGAGGGGGCAAUGGUGGUGCGGUUGUGAAUGGUGCUGGCUCUGGAUCUGGAAGCGGCUCUGGAUCCGGUCAGACUAGCGGUGGUGCAUCACAUGCGAGUAGUGGAGGCGGCGGCAGUGGUGGUGGCUGGUCAAAAUAUGGUGGUUCUGCGUUUGGUGGUGGAUCCGGCACUGGAUCUGGCUCUAGUCUAUCUGAACAGGGAUCGUCUUAUGGCUAUGGUGGCACUACAAAUGCCGGGGGCAGUGGUGGUGGCGGCGGCGGUGGGCAAGCUUCAGGAAAUGAGGGAUCUAGUGGGUAUGGUGCAGGUGGUGGUAAUGGAUCUGGCUCUAGCGAGACAGGCAGAAGCUACUACAAUCCAUAUGUAACAUAUGCCAAUGCUAAUGCUGCUGGUAAUGGAGGUGGCACAGGUAAUACUCAAAAUGGUGGGAGCGGUGGUGGUAAUGGCAGUGGCUCCGGGUACGGUGAUGCAGAGCCUUAGAAUUUCUUGUAUGAUCUAAAGCUAGAGUCCUAAAUAUGUUAUUAAUUUCACUUUAGUUAUAAGAUCUUUUUUACUUUAUUUUUUUCCUUUUUGAUGUACUGCCAGACAGGGACUAAUAAAGGGCUCCAUUAUUGAUAAA